UGAUUCAGCUAUUAAACUUUUAAUUGAGCUUAGAAGAGAAAAAGAUAAAUAUUUUUUAUCAGCAAGAAACAAAAAUAGAUUGUGGGAAGACAUCUUCAGAAAUGAAAAAAAAAAAUUAUUGUUUUAAUGCUAACGUCUGUAGUAAUAAGUGGCGUGGAUUAAAAUAUCAAUUCAAUAAAGUACACGAUAAUGCAUCCAAAAAAGUUACUGGUAAAGGCUGUCAAACAUGGAAAUAUUAUGAUAUAUUGAAUGAGUUCUUAGGAUCUACAUCAAAUGUUUCUCCACCUAAAGAAUGUUUGUCUUCUACAUUAUUUGGUUCACCAGUUUCAAGCACUAUAACAUGUUCUAAAAGAAAAUCGCCCAAGAUCUCAGAGAGUUGUCGUCAGAAACAAAAAAUGUUAAGACUUAUGGAAGAAAGGGCAACCAGAGAUGAAAAGAAAAUAACUUUUCAUGAAAACCUUUUAAAUAAACUAACAGAAGCAAAUGAUAUAGAAAAAAAAAAGGUUGAAUUGUUGGAGAAGCUUUUACUCAGUAAAAAUUAA